AUGCGGGCACAAAGUUGGCCGGCACUUUUCGCAGAGUAUGGGUGCGUUGUGAAAGCUUUGGUGACGUAUGUGCAGACAGUGGAGCAAGCCUAUGCAGCCAAGCGAAGCCUCUAUCGUGGCAUGCGGUUGCCAGAAUACCAUGUGACAGAGAAUUACGUGGUGGGGCGUAUUGUCACUUGGCAUGCCUUUGCAAGUACCACUACAGAUCGUCAGCUUGCGGAGUCCUACGCUCGACAAGACUGUGAUCGCGGACUCUUUGGCUCAGAGGGCGUGCCAGUUCUUUUCGUGAUCCAAACCGCCGCUGGCCGGGGAGCAGCUUUGCCUGGCAAUGCUGCCUGUCCCGAGCUUCCCGAGCUGCUGCUGACACCUUUUAUGCACUUCGAAGUCACGUCUGUCACUGUUGAGCGUCACAGCCUGUGGGUCAUCAAGUUGCAAGUUGUAAAGCUGCCGCGAUCCUGGGUCGAGACGAGCCCUCAUCGUCUCGUUCUGCUGCACCCCGGGAGUAUGCCGUGGCCGUGGUCAUCGCCUGCGAGAGAGGUCUUGUGUGAGUUGGAGGAGGAUUCAGACGAAAUGGUCAGACAGAAGCUGGACCCUCCAGGUGCCUUGCUCCUGGCAUCCAUGGUAGCAGCGAUCAAUGCCCUCCUCAUCUGCCUGUAUUUUGCUGGCUUUGACUUGGACGACUUCGCGAUAGUGUACACGCAAAGCAGCUGA